UUGAUUGAAAGAAAAACCAAACGAAAUGUAUUCAAAAAUAUUGUUCUUGAAUUGUAUGGCAGCAUCAUUGAUGAUAAUGGCCAUUCAUUGUGAUGUAACAUCUGUACCGAAUGCAUUUAAACCUUUGGAUGUAAAUGAUCCUGAGUUGAAUAAUGCAUUGAAAAAAGUGGAACCACAAAUGAAUGAAAAAAUGAAUUCAACUCAUCUUUAUCGAAUUGAAGAAAUUGAUGCUGCUCAAAAAGAAUCACUUGACGGUAUUACAUAUAAAGUUUUGUUUUCAUACGGUGAAACUGAAUGUAACAAAACUGAUAUCGAUCGUAUUGAUUCCUGUAAAUUUAUUGAUCAUUAUGUACAUUGUGGUGCUGAUAUUCAACAAAAACCAAAUGAUAAAUGGAAAUUGGUCGAAUUUUUUUGUCUGUAAAAUCAAUGUGAUUUUUUUUCAUAUUAUAAUUUCAACAAA